UAUUCCUAAUACUACAAUUUAACAAAAUUUUCUCGCAUUUUGAUUUGGCGUAUUUUAUUUCUCUUGAUCUGAUUUGUCGUAUUUUGAUUCAUUGAUCUAAAUAAAAAUACCACGUAGUUUUUCAAAAUCGAAAAUUAUAAUUAGUAUGAGAGAGAGCUUGAAUUGGUCACGUCUAGAGUUUUAAAGGAAACAAAAUAUUGGGUUAAAAGUCAAAUUUAAAGUCGGAUUUCCUUCAGGGUCGGAGUCGAGUCGGAGUGUAAGAUUUUUAAUAAGGUCCAACUCUGAUCCGUCUCUAACUCGGAUUCUGAUCAUGAAGUUGGAGUUGGAGUCGGAUAACCUUUUCCUCGGACUCGAAUCGGAUGAUUUUUUUCUCGGAUCGAGUCGGACUAGGGUCAGAUUCAAACUGAAUUGUCUUCCCUAUCUGUGCGGCCUCUUUGGAGUCUGGUUUCCUCUUUCAUGUUUAACACGCUAAGAAAGCAACAUUCUAUGGUUAAUAAAUAGAUAUAUUAGUUUGUACUUGAGUAAAUAAACAAGAAACUCAUAUUUCCUUGAAAACUUAAACAUGGCUUCCUAUUCCUUUAUCCUACACUUCCCCAUCAUAACCCUUUUUUUUUUCUUAUUAACCAUUGUAGAGUCCAAUGGAGACUAUGACACUACACAAUGCUCUAUUCCAUAUUCAUGCGGGUCAUUAAAAAAUGUCACGUACCCAUUUUGGGGAGUUAACAGGCCCAUGUUCUGUGGGAUUUCAGCAUUUAAGCUUAGCUGUCUCAAUGAUUCAGGAUUUUCUACUAGAAUGAACAUAUUUAGUGACGAACACCCAAGUACAAGAGUGCUUAGCAUCAAUACAUCUUCACACAAAUUGGUUUUAGAGCAUAACUUAGACUGGUCAGAACAUUAUCACACUAAUCAUAAUACAACGUUGCUUCCUUUUUUAAAGCCAGAUGUUGGAUAUACGAGUAUAAGCUUAUUAUGUGGUUGUAAUAACUCUUGUUCUAGAUAUUACAAGUCUUUUAACUGUACCAACUUUUGUGUUUCCAAUAGUACUACUGUUUAUUACUCUGAUGAGCACUCAGAUAUCAGCAGGACAGAUAAAUCUUGCUCAUGUGAGAGCAAUAGGACUUAUGUGGUGAAUAAGAGAGCUUUGUCUGAGCUUGGAAAAAAUGUCUCGUUUACGAUGCUCUUGAAGAAGUGGCCAAAAUUUGGCUUGAAGAUUGUGUUGAACUUCACUGCUUGUUCCAUGUGUGAGGAUUCUGGCGGCAGCUGCGGAUCAAAAAUAGAUACAAUUCCAGAUCGUUUUCUAUGCUAUUGCCAAGAUGGACAACAGCCACUACCGUGUCAUACCAUUCGCGAGAAAAAAAUUGGAAUAUAUCUGGGAUUAGGAAUUGGAGGAGGCACAGUUAUUCUUGUAGCCAUCAUAGCCAUUUGCUACCUGAGGAAGAUGAAACUUGGGUGCUUUGCCAGUAGUCCAUCAGACCUUGAACGUGAAAGCAGACACUUCGGUUUGCCACUCUUUUCUUACAGUGAACUUGUAGCUGCUACUCGCAGCUUUGAUCAAUCAAAUGAACUUGGUAGUGGAGGCUUUGGAACAGUUUAUUACGGAAAGCUAAAAGAUGGAAGAGAAGUAGCAGUAAAGCGCCUUUUCGAAAAGAGCUACGGAAGGGUUCAACACUUUAUGAACGAAGUAAAAAUUCUUACCAAAUUAAGACACCAAAACCUUGUGUCCCUCUAUGGCUGUACUUCCCUAAACAGCAUAGAACUAAUCCUUGUAUAUGAGUAUGUUAAAAAUGGCACAGUGGCUGAUCAUUUGUUCGGAAAAUUCUCAAAAUCCGGAUUACUUCCCUGGUCUGUUCGCCUCAAAAUUGCAAUAGAAACAGCCACUGCACUCUCCUACCUACACGCUUCUGAGAUUGUACACCGUGAUGUUAAAACUAACAACAUUCUCCUUGACAGCAACUUUAGUGUUAAAGUGGCUGAUUUCGGGCUUUCUAGACUUUUUCCGACUGAUGUAACUCAUGUUUUAACAGCCCCGCAAGGGACUCCUGGGUACUUAGACCCUGAGUAUCACCUGUGCUAUAAGCUAACUGAUAAGAGUGAUGUUUACAGUUUCGGGGUAGUCCUCAUCGAGCUGAUAUCUUCUAUGCCUGCAAUUAACAUGGACAGGGAAAAACUUGAGAUCAACUUGUCCAACUAUGCAAUGAGCAGAAUCCAACGGUGUGAAUUUGAUGAGUUAGUGGACCGAGAACUUGGGUUUGCAAAGGAUUUCAAGGUUAGGAGAAUGACAAUAUCAGUGGCAGAGCUCGCAUUUCAGUGCCUACAACAUGACAACGAAUUCAGGCCAUCAAUGAAUGAAGUUCUGGAAAAUCUCAAGAGGAUUGAGUGUGUUGAUUAUGAAGCAUUGCAGGCAGAAGAGAUGGCUAAAAAUGGUGGGGAAGAAAUGGUUAAAAUGCAUAGAAAUAAAGUACCGCCGCGUUCCCCUACAGAGGAUGAUCAAGCACAACUGUUAAGCAAUCAUCAGCUAUAUCCACCUUCCCCAAUCUCCUUGAUGGAUAAAUGUUUUAGUAUGUCCACUGCAUCAAACAACAGCAAGUAAGUUCUGUGAGUCUAUAAUCUAUAUACAUAGUAAUUAGUUGAUACUCUUUCUGUCCCUUUGAGUUUGACACAAUUAUGUGUAUUUUUGAGUCAAAAACUAAAUAAGCUAUCACAAAUUUUUGUGAUAGACGGUUUCUUUGAGUAAUCAUCUCUAAUUGGCUGGCCCCCUUAUAUAUUUUUUAAAAUAUUGUAAGUAGGCAUUUAAAAUAAUAUAAGUAAACAUUUUGAAUAUUGUAAGUAGGCAUUAAGGAUAAUGUAAGUAGGCAUUAAGGAUAAUGUAAGUAGGCGUUAAGAUACGUCUCACAAGAGACUAGCUGAUCAUCUAUUGAUGAUGAGGUGUAUGAGCACUUGGUGGGGCCAGCAAUGGCUUGCAUGGAUGAGCAAGCUAAGGAUCAUACAUGUCAAGAGUUUGAAUCAAGGAAGUGGGAAAAUGUGAUAAAAUCGAGGAUGAACGAUGGAUACAUGGGCUGCUCGAUCGAGCAAAACAUCAGCAAGCAGCCAAUGAGUUCUUUGAUUGUAUGCUCGAUCGAAAAGUGAUAAAGACAGAUAGAGAAUAUUUCAUUAUACUGGUCUUUUAGAAAAAAAAAUUGUUACGUUAAAUGUAUUUCUAUGUUACUUUCUUCCUGAGGAAUACUUGCAAUUGUAUGAUGCAACAGGGUAGACUUUAAUUCAUAAAUAGUUAACGAUUACUUUCCAAAUAUUCAUUGGAAAAACUCCUUCAUAUAACUCAAAUUUCUUGACUCCUGACCAUUACACAAAUGUUAGAUGACAUAAUUUUGUUUAAUCUAUACCCCAUUGAUUUGAAACGUAAGGAGUAUAUAAUAUUGGCGCUCAAACGAUUUUGAAUUGAAAUUAAUUGGAAGGAUUAUUUGACUAAGAUAAUGUAUUGAUUCAUAUAAUUGACUUUUUGAGGUUAAGAU